GCCACUUUUAAAUCAAAAGUGCAAAGGAAACCCUGGUGAUGACACAAGUUUCCCCAGGUCCUUCUCUGCAGAGCUGGGAAUUGGUGCAUGGUCCAUCUUUAUUUUACUUUUAUUCCACCCUGAAUGCAAAAACAGUGAAAUCUUAAAAGUAAAAAUACAUAAUUUUGUUGAAAUCUGCACUAAAGGAAAACAGAGCCUUUGGCCUUGAUUCCUGCUGAUCUCCAGGUUAUUGGCAAGGAUGCACAAUUGCCUGAUAACCUUGAUUCUCACACAGGUCGAUGGCAUUGCUGUGACUCACGGGGACCAUAAAGUUCUGCUUCCAAGGGGCGUGGGCCAGGUGGGCUGAGAGCUUGGAUGCUUUAUAAAGCCAGGGCUCAGCCCAGCUGAUCCAUCCUGCUCUGGUCCAGCUGCUGCUCCUCUGCCCCAGGCUCAUCCCAAGGGAACAAUGGCAUUCGCAGGCAAAUACGAGUUCGAGGGCGACGAGAACUACGAUGCCUUUGUGCAGAAGAUUGGUCUCCCCAGUGACAAGGCUGAAAUGGGAAGGAACUGCAAGAUUGUGACUGAGGUGGUGCAGAAUGGGAAUGACUUCACCUGGACACAGCACUUCCCAGGCGGCCGCACCACCACCAACAGCUUCACCGUGGGCACCGAGGCAGACAUGGAGACCAUGGGAGGGAAGAAGUUCAAGGUAAAUCCAUGGAGCUCUUCAGCUCCCCAGCCUCAGCUGCAUUUGGAUUUAGGGUGAGAAGCAAACCUUCAUGACAGGGGGUGGAACGUGAGGGGCUCUAAGGCCCUUUCCAACCCAGACCGUCCCGGGAUUCCCUGAUUCCAUCAUCACUGAUUCCUGGGCUGCCUGCCAGGACCGUUGUCAGGGGUGUUAAUGAGUGAUGCAGAGAUCUAGAACCUGCAGGAAUUGGAAACUGAACAAAUCUGUUUCAAUUGUGAACAUUCAAGAACUAAAGCCCACAGAUUUUAGUGCACGAGGCCACCUGUGCCACACACAGCCUCUGCCUCAUGAACUUCCAGCAUCAGGUAUUUACAGAAUCUGGUGACAGAAAUUCCAGCAACCCCAGCAACAUGAACCCUUUCUCUCUUACAGGCAACCGUCAAAAUGGAAGAUGGGAAACUUGUAGCUGAAUUCCCCAACUACCGCCACACUGCAGAGAUCUCCGGGGGGAAGCUGGUAGAGGUGAGUGCUCAAAGAUCCAGGGCAGUUCAUAAAAAACAAAGGAAAUCCUCAAAAUUUGAAGUUUAGACAAAAAUCUUAAGUGAAGCACAGGCUUUGAGCCAUCCCCAGGGCUGUUGCCCUGGGACUCUGGAGCUCUGAUUACACUGCUCAACC